AUGACAACCCAAGGCCCCUUAACAACUUGGCUCCUCCAAAGCACCCCUCAAUCCUUGAAGCGUGCAACAACCCACCCCUUCCUUGCCGCAGCCGGCCAAGGCACCCUGCCAAAAAGCAUUCUCUCCCAAUGGCUCUCGCAAGACCGACUUUAUGCUCAAUCCUACAUCCGAUUCAUCGGCCAACUCCUCGCCAAAAUCCGUCUGGACUCCCGCGCCGCAAACCCACAAACUCACCUCGCCUUUUCACCCGAGCACCAAGCCGUAGACGUCCUAAUUGACGCCCUGGUAAACAUCCGUACCGAGCUACGCUUCUUCGAGUCCACAGCCGCAGAAUACGGUCUCGACCUUGCUGCUAUCAGUGCCGAUGAAGGUGGAUCCGCACUAGCUAGUAAUGAUCAUGGAAGUAUCAUUACCACAUCUGCUAGGAUCUCGACUACGGGCUCGACUUCUUGUCCUGGAUAUACAGGAUCAACCUGUCACCAAGACCCUCCUGUGUCGGAUUUACAGGGAGAUUUGAAUUCCGAUAAAAGUGUUCUCCAUCGACUCUGUAAUGCGCAGGGUGAAUGUCAAAUGCAAGCUGGUAGUGAAAUUUGUUCCCCUCCACUUGAAACUGCCGGUCUUCGUAAGAAGAUCGUCACGGAUUGUGAACCCUGUAUUCAACCUGGAUCUGGGGGAAAUCUUGCGUCUGCUGAGCCGUUGGAACGUGGUGGUCCGGUUUAUUUCUCCGCGACUAGGAUUACACGUGCGUAUAUUGAUUUGUUCAUGUCGGCGGGAAGUGCGGGCGUUCCUGUUAUUGAGGGACUGGCGGUGCUUUGGGCUACCGAGGUUUGUUACCUGCGGUCUUGGAAAUAUGCGGCUGCGUUUUUGAAGGCGAGGGCUGGUGAUGACAAGGGGAAGGAGGACGCAGAUGGCGGAGCAUUGAAGGAGAAGUUUAUCCCUAAUUGGUCGAGUGAGGAGUUUGAAGGCUUCGUGAAUCGGAUUGGAGAGGUUUUGGAUCUGAUGUCGACUGAGAUUAAGGGGGUCGAGGAGGGAGAGUUGAUGCGUGGGAGAUGCUUGGAGUGUUGGAGGCAAGUUGUUUGGUUGGAGGAGAGAUUUUGGCCCAUCAUGCCGGUGGAAUAA